UGACUUUCAGAGAAAACCGGGAAGGUGCUGGGGGAAUUCUGCCAGUUUUACGAGGACCAGUAUGGAGUCGCGCUCUUCAACAGUAUCCGGUAUGAGAUUGAGGGCAACGGAGGGCCGCAGUCCCAGCUGCUCCACCGCAAGGUCCCUCUGGAGGACCGCAUCAUCCUCUCGGGGAACCUCUUCCAGUACGUGGAGGAAAACAAGAAGUGGCGAAACCGCUUCUGCGUCGUGCCGCACAACUACGGCCUGGUGCUGUAUGAGAACACACUGGCCUAUGACCGAGGGAUUCAGCCUCGAGUAGCCCUCAACAGCGCUGGCUACAAAAUCCUCACCUCCCUGGACCAGUAUCUUGACCUUGUCAAUAGCAGCUUGCCAGGAACUGCCCCCAAAUCCAGCAAUGCCCCGAUCCUCAAGUGUCCCACCCAGUUUCCUCUCAUCCUUUGGCACCCGUACUCCCGCCACUACUACUUCUGCGUGAUGACCGGGAAGGAGCAGGACAAGUGGCGAGCGGUGUUCCAGGACUGCGUGCGGCAUUGCAACAAUGGCAUCCCAGAGGACUCCACAGUGGAGGCUCCGGCCUUUACGGAUGCCAUCCGCAUGUACCGGCAGUCGAAGGAGCAGUACGGCACCUGGGACAUGCUCUGUGGCAACGAGGUGCAGGUCUUGAGCAAUCUGGUGAUGGAGGAGCUGGUCCCAGAACUGAAAAACACGAUCGGCCCCAAGCUGAAGGGCAAGGCCCAGGAGAGGCAGAGGCUGUGGAUCCAGAUCUCUGAUGCUGUCUACAGGCUCAUCUCUGACCAGAUAAAGGCGCACUACGACGCCAUGGUGACCAAAUGUGAGCUGGAGCGUCCCAGGAUGGAGAGCACCAUCCGCACAGACAUGGACCAGAUCAUCACGUCAAAGGAACACUUGGCAAGCAAGAUCCGAGCCUUUGUGCUCCCCAAAGCGGAGAUCUGUGUCCGAAACCACGUGCAGCCCUACAUCCCGUCCAUCCUGGAGGCGCUGAUGACUCCCACGAGCCAGGGCUUUGCUGAGGUCCGGGAAGUGUUCUUCAAGGAGGUCACUGACAUGAACAUGAAUGUCAUCAACGAGAGCGGGAUGGAGAGCCUGGGAGAGCACAUGGAGAAGCUCUCCCAGCUGGCCUUUCACCCCGUCAAGAUGCAGUCCUGCUACGAGAAGAUGGACCAGCUGAAACUGGAAGGGCUUCAGCAGCGAUUUGACGUCUCCAGCGCCUCCGUGUUCAAGCAGAGGGCCCAGAUCCUCAUGAGAGAGCAAAUGGACGACGCCGUUCACACCUUCGGGACGCUGCUGCACCAGGAGCUGGGGAAGAUGCUGGGCAAGGAGGAGCUGUGCAAGUCCAUCCAGCGGAUCCUCGAGCGGGUGCUCAAGCCCAGGACUGGCGGGAUCCCUGGCCGUGGUGCCCCUGCCUUUGUGGGACCGGGGACACUCUGCCUCUCCAAGGCACGUCGUGGCUGGGAGUCCCCAGGGCAGGCGGGCCGCCAUGGGUUCUCUGCCGGUGGCGUGAGAGCUGCCCCCUUCUUUUGGCAGGAGCUCCCGAAGUUCCAGGAACUGAUCUUCGAGGACUUCGACAGCUUCAUCCUGGUGGAGAACACGUACGAGGAGGUGGUGCUGCAGUCGGUCAUGAAGGACAUCAUGCAGGCUGUGAAGGAGGCAGCGGUGCAACGGAAGCACAACCUGUACCGGGACAGCAUGGUCAUGCACAACAGCGACCCCAACCUGCACCUGCUGGGCGAGGGCACGCCCAUCGACUGGGGGGAGGAGUUCGGCAGCCAGCCCGACUCCGACCCGGCCACCGAGAAGCGCCGCCGAGCCAAGCAGGUGGUGUCGGUCAUCCACGAUGAUGAGGGGGCCCUGCCCUACGAGGCCGGCGCGGGGGUGCUGAUGCACCAAGUCUCUCAGGAAGAGCCUGACUCAGAGGAGCCGGAGACCUGCCUUGCCCUGGCUGCACCAGGCUCCCCUGAUGACGUGCAGGAGAUACGGGGCAUGCUGGUGCAGGAGGUGCAUGUGGAGACCCGGGUCCCGGCAGGAGAGGAGGCAAAGGAACAGCUGACAAAUGGUACGAUAGUCCAGCUGAGCGCCGGUUCGGAGGUGUGCGGGGCGGAGGAGGCUGCCCCGUCAGCUGAGGAAGGCCCUGCUCCCUUGGAACACUCCGCCCGGCCUGACGCUGGCUCCCUGUGCCCAGUGAACCCUGAGGUGGAGGAGCAGGAAGCCAAGCCAGCUGUGCUCGCCUCUCUGGCCGUGCCGCCUGCCCUGGCAGCUGCCCCGGGGCUUGCUGAGGAGGGAGCUGAAGUGAACCGCCACGAGCCCAACGACAAGGAGACUGGGGAAGAGGUGACCAGCCAGGGCCAGGCAGAGAAGGGGGAGCCUGCUCAGCUGGCCCCAGAGAGCGGUGCGGGGGCCCCAGAGAGCAGCCAGGGGACCACAGAGAGCGGCGUGGGGGCCCCAGAGAGCAGCAAGGGGACCACAGAGAGCGGCGCGGGGGCCCCAGAGAACAGCAAGGGGACCACAGAGAGCAGCGAGGGGCUGCAGACUCAGUUCUAGGUCAGCCCCCGGUCAGGAUCCCUGCCGGCUGUGUACACUGUGGGCCGAAGCUGGACUGGAGUCAGUGACACCAUGGGGGGUGGGGGCGUGUCGGCUGGGCCGGUUGCUGGUAACUGUUACAUUCCCGGGUCUGCUCCGGACCCCAGCAUUCCAGGGAAAGGGGGGGAGCUAAUCUCCUAAACACCAGAGCUACAGGGAGGGGAGCUUUAUGCUGGCCAGAACUAAGAUGCCACGCUGGGCCACACUAUUGCCCCUCCUCUCAGUAUAGGCCACGCCCCCUACUUUGCUCUGUCGUUGUUUUCCCAUCAUUGAAGAGGCACCUGACCACGUUACUGACUCACAAGGGGGUGACGGUGCGAACGCCUCCCAGGACAGCUACCCAGGAAGUGCCAGCGGGCGCCUGAGGCCCGGAAGAGGUGGUUACGUGGGCAGCCCCGUGGCUCUUCCAACAGUCCAGCCUUUCCCUUCGUCGGGUGCUUCUCAUUCCAACCAAAGAGGCCACGCUGCUGUCUCAAACGUGGCGGCUGCGGUCUGAGGCCACCUCUUCCUCACCAGCCUGCUCCAGGACCCUGGCUGAGAGGGAAUGGGUGCUCCCCCUGUGUCCCUUUGAAUGCUGACCACCGCCCCCUGGAAACGCGCACCCUUCCCCCCGGCCACGUGGCCAAUGGGUGCUAUGUGUUGGCGACCACGCACUGUCCAAGCCAGCGCUGUGACUUUCCUUGUCACUCGCUCUGGCAGAGGGAGGGUUAAAUGAGUCGCGACCCAUCUUGAACUGGAAUCCAUCUGUUCUAAGUGGCCCCCCCAAGAAGGAGCAUCCGCGUGGGAGGAUGGGGCUGCUGCUUGCCUAGUUCUGGCCACGUUAGAGCAUCGCUGGGAAAUAAGUAGACAAGCCGGUGUGGCUAAUACAGAGCAGCAUCUUAACUCUCUUGCUCCUGCCCUUCCUUGCGGGCCCUGCUCUGACUGCAGGUUCCACGGGUGGCUCCAAAGCUUGUCGACCGGUAGGGCAGGUCGAGGGACGGAAGGAGCCACAAAUACCUCUCAGCUCUCACCACCUCCUCCAUGUCCCGUCUGCCCCGUUACCCAAGCAGGUGGAUGUAAUGCUCGAGGCCUUUUUGUGCAGCUGUUGAGAUGGCGCCGAAGUUUUAGAACCAGCUGUUUGUUUUCCUUUCCUCCCCUUGCUGCUGGGGUGUGGUUCCUCCAGUGCUCCAAGGAGUAGCGCCCCCACCCCUCGCCAGCCCCCUACAGCCAGAAACCACCUGGAGUUGUUCACAGCUGCUGAUUCCCACACGACUGUUGCUCGCCUGUCUCCCGCCCUCUUGGAGGGGGAUGCAGGGCGAGAGUGGGAACUCGAAGGUCGGCGCAGGGGAGGGGGGUUUCGGAUGGAAAGGAGAGGAAGUUGGCUGCUGUAGGGAGAGAGCUGAAGGUCUUGGCGGAGGCCAGAACUCUUGAGGUGUGUUCAGAGGAGGGAUCGGUGAGGGCAGGUCCUGGCCGAAGGCCCAGUGGAAGCUCCUGUUGCGCUGGAGGGGAGAGGGUGCUGCGGAGUCUGAGGCUCUGGCUUGUGGCAUUUCCCUUCCAGCUCUCGAUGUCUUUCGGGUUCUUGUUUUCAUUGCACGUGGUUUGUCUGAGGAGCUCCGGGAUAGGGGCGGCUUGGGGCGAGCUGGGCUGCUGCAAACCUCCUAGUAUUAGUGAGAGAAACAAGUGGGGAAAAGGUCUUGGCAAUCCUCCGGGGGGGAUUUCAUUGCAGGAUGACUGGGCUGGCCUUGGAUUCUUUGCCUGCCCCAUAGCGGGGGAGGGGUGGCCCGGGGAGGAGAGACAGCUGAGGAUGGAAGGGAUAUAUCUGGCCUGCAAGUCUUUCCUCCCUUCCCCCACCUACCCCAGCCAGGACACGGGGGGGUCCCACUGGGUCCCUUGUGACGUCUCCCCACCCCCAAUCCAGCUCCCCAGAAAAGCUCGGCUGAGAUUACCCGCCCUUCCCAGUUCUGCGUGCUAGGACUCCAUCUCCCCGGCUCCUGUGUAAGACUGAGCUACCCCAGGGUGCCAGCGAAAUCCACCCGGCCCCCUGGAGGGAUUCGACCUUCUAUGGCCACGGGAUCUCGGUACGGUGCCCUACGCCAUGUGGACUUGGCUCUCGUUGCAUUUCCAAGGGUUACCUUCCCCUGGAGACACCUGGUAGGUUGGGGGGGCGGGGAGGAGACUCACUGAGCUUUGGGGGGUUGGGCAAACGAGUUCAACCUUGGGCUGAAGUAACCGUAGAGCCAAAGCGUGGCUGUGGAACGCCAGCGCCCCCACGAGUGUCCUGUGGCCCUUGUCCACGCACCACGUGGGAAGCAGAGGGGCACCAAGGCGAGCCUGGCAAGAGGGGGCCACCAGGAUCCAGCUCUGGCCAGGCUCCUACAUCUUCAGCUGGCAUGGGCAAGUGACUCCUCGCAAGGGCACAGCCCGACUGCUGCUCUCUGUGCUGCCUGUCUCAGGAAGGCCGGGAAGAGCAGACGUGCGCGCUGGCCAAAGGCAGGGGCUGGGUUUCUCCAGCUCUCUCUCAGGCAUCUCUGGUGCAUCCCAGCAAUCAAAGUACAAUUGCAUGGAGUCGGCCCCCAGCCAGGAGCUCAGCUGAACCCCAGCUGUUGGUAGAUAGCCCAGUAUGCAAGGGAACUGCUGUGCCUCGCGUGGAUGAUCUGUCUCUCAGACUUCCACUGCUGCUAAGGGGUCGUGUCGCUAGCUGGGAAGGAGUCUCCGCAGACACACAAGCUGCGUGAGGCAAUGGAGUGUUUAAAACCUGCUCUGCAGUCGAAACAAUGGGUGUAAAGUCUCCCGAAUGGGCUGCUUAGCCCUCCAGUGCAGAAUCUGGAGCAAGAGCCCAGCCUGCCCACCCUAUCCUCUGCGACAGAUACAUUCCAACUUCCACGUGUGUCCUAGACGCCCUUGUUUCUCGUUUUAAGUGGGUGGGAGCUGCCAGAGUGCCUUGCCUUGGGAAGCCAAACGUGCCUCUUCCAAUAUAUUUUAUUGAGAAUGUUCUACAAAUGUUUAAAAUACGCUUCUACUGAUAAAUAAAAUCCAGCUUUAUUUAAA